AUGGCACACUUGAACACAAUAUCGACAAGCAUCAUUCCACAAGGAGCGUCGCAAUGCCGAAAUGGCAAACCAUAUUCCGCAGGUAAUGCAGACGGUGAAACACAUGGCACAAGGGCGCAUGGAUCGCUUUGCUCCAACAUAGGUGCUAUGCUUUUUCUUGUUGCUUGCAUCUUCUUAAAGCAUCCAGAUGACUUCGAAACACAAGAACAACAUGUCGCCAAAGUGCAUAACAGAGUUUCCCGCAGUUUAGCAAAAAUUAAAGCAAUUGCAUCAGACCACGACCUUGUAUUAGAUCCGAUGGCAUUCGAACACUAUGACGGUGCCUACGACGAUGUCGACGAACCUUAUGAAGAAGCCUAUCAAUUUCCCCCAAAACGAAUAUAUUCUGACGCACAAUGGGAGGAAGAGGAAGAUGGAACUAUUCUAAAAGCAUGGAAAAUGGUGGAGUACCAGGUACCACAACAAGUGCAUUAUUAUGGAAAGUGGAAAAUAACACAUGAUGAACGGGAAGAAGAAGUCGAUAGCAGCGACACAUUAUCCGCCGAUGUAGCAGUCUCCGCGUCAGCUGAAAAGUCUAGCACAUCCCUUUCGAAGGUUGGUGCACAAGCAUCAUUGCCGCCAUCCCUACAAAAUAAAGGACAAAGUGCAAAAACGAAACAGGAGCCGAAAGGAUCUUCGGGUACAGGUAAAACGCAUGUGCAAACAGGACGAGGAGAGAAAAUUAAAAUUUUUCGCGAAAACUGUAUGUGCCUCUUUUUCCGCCCCAAAGACAAACGCCACGUUGUGGAUAAACUGUUCAUGAAAUCAUAUUCCACACGCCUAAUUUACAGGAACAACCGGGAGCACAAAGCAUGGCAAGCAGAAUAA